AGCUGGAGAAGAGAGUCAGCGAUUUCUCUCUGAAAAGUGCCAUGCUGCAGGAGGUGCUGCUGGGAUUCAAAGAGACGCUGCGACGGGGGCUGGGGAGCGACACAGCCAUCCCGAUGAUAAUUAAUUUCUGGGAAACAUCCUCAGCAGAAUUAUUUGAAGGUGCUGCACCAGAGAGUAAAGGCACAGAGGCAGUGGCUUGUGGGAAACAGGGAGGCAGAGUAACACCCACCUUUGGCUCCAGAUUGUCCCAGCCUCCCACAGGACAGGGAAGGGAAAUGGCUGUAGUGGAGCCAGUCCAGGGGCCGGUGACCUUCGAGGAGGUGGCUGUGUAUUUCACCAGGGAAGAGUGGGCUCUGCUGGACCCCAUUCAGAGAGCCCUUUGCAGAGACGUCAUGCAGGAGAACUAUGAGAAUGUGACCUCGCUGGCAGGUGAUGCAAUGGUAUGUGAAAAAGAGGAACAGAAUUCUCAGCAGGAAAAUGUUGAGCAAGUGGAUAAACACAGAGCAUUAUCACAAAGAUCGAAAAGGAAUGUGUCCAGGAGUCAUGAACAGAGAAAAUCAUGCGAGAGUCAGCACAGACCAGAAAGAGAGCAGGGAAACCAGCCGGGGGAGAAAAUGGGUGAAUUUAUUUCCUGUCGGGGAACUCAGAAGAGCGUCAAGGAAACCACAACACAGCAGGAAAUCCUCAUGGGAAAGAGGAAAAAUACAUGCAGUGAGUGUGAGAAAAACUUCACUAGAAGAUCAGCCCUUAUUAAUCAUCAGAGAAUCCACACAGGGGAACGGCCCUAUGAAUGCCGUGAGUGUGGAAAAUGCUUCACUCGGAGAUCAGUCCUUUCUCGACAUCAGAGAAUCCACACAGGGGAGAGGCCCUAUGAAUGCAGUAAGUGUGGGGAAACCUUCAAUCGCAGCUCCCAUCUUAUUAGGCAUCAGAGAUUCCACACAGGGGAGAGGCCCUAUGAAUGCAGUGAGCGUGGGAAAACCUUCAAUUGCAGCUCACACCUUAUUAGGCAUCAGACACUCCACACAGGGGAGAGGCCCUAUGAAUGCAGUGAGUGUGGGAAAACCUUCAAUUGCAACUCGCACCUUAUUAGGCAUCAGAAAAUCCACACAGGUGAGAGAACCUAUGAAAGCACAUUGUGCAAGGGAAACUUCAGUAGCCACUCAGACCUUAUUACACAUGAGAGAAUCCACUUGAAAAAGACACGCUACACAUGCCAUGAGUGUGGGAAAAGCUUCAAUGGGAGCUCUGACUUUCUCACACAUCAGAGAAUCCACACAGGAGAGAUGCCCUACACAUGCUCUGAGUGCGGGAAAAGCUUCAAUCGGAGCUCACACCUUAUCACACAUCGUAGAAUCCACACAGGAGAGAGACCCUACACGUGUUCUGAGUGUGGGAAAAGCUUCAAUCAGAGCUCUGCCCUUAUCACACAUAAGAGAAUCCACACGGGUGAGAAACCAUAUGGAUGCUCUGAGUGUGGGAAAUGCUUCAAUCGGAGCUCACAACUUAUCAUACAUAGGAGAAUCCACACGGGUGAGAAACCUUAUGGAUGCUCUGUGUGUGGGAAAUGUUUCAUUGGUAGGUCAGUCCUCAUCUCACAUCAGCGAAUCCACACGGGAGAGACUCCCUACACAUGCUCUGAGUGUGGGAAAUGCUUCAAACGGAGCGCUAACCUUAUCACACAUCAGAGAAUCCACACAGGAGAGACGCCCUACACAUGCUCUGAGUGUGGGAAAAGCUUCAAACACAGCUCACAACUUAUCACACAUCAGAGAAUCCACACUGGUGAGAAACCUUAUGGAUGCUCUGAGUGUGGGAAACACUUCAAACAGAGCUGUGUCCUGAGCAGACAUCAGAGAAUCCACACAGGAGAGACGCCCUACACAUGCUCUGAGUGUGGGAAAAGCUUCAAACACAGCUCACACCUUAUCAGACAUCAGAGAAUCCACACUGGUGAGAAACCUUAUGGAUGCUCUGAGUGUGGGAAAUGCUUCAAACACAGCUAUGUCCUGAGCAGACAUCAGAGAAUCCACACAGGAGAGACCCCCUACACAUGCCCUGAGUGUGGAAAACGCUUCAAUCAGAGAUCACACCUUAUUAAACAUCAGAAAAUCCACAGAGGAGAGACGCCCUACACAUGCUCUGAGUGCGGGAAAAGCUUUCGUCGGCAUUCAAACCUUAUCGCGCAUCAGAGAAUCCACACAGGAGAGAAGCCCUUCACAUGCUCUGAGUGCGGGAAAAGCUUUAGUCAGCGUUCAAACCUUAACACACAUCACAGAAUCCACACAGGGGAGACGCCCUACACAUGCUCUGAGUGCGGGAAAAGCUUCAGCAACCGCUCACACCUUUUCAAACAUCAGAGAAUCCACACAGGAGAGAAGCCCUUCACAUGCUCUGAGUGCGGGAAAAGCUUCAGCGAGAGCUCAAUUCUCAGUACGCAUCAGAGAAUCCACACUGGAGAGACGCCCUACAUGUGCUCUGAGUGUGGGAAAAGCUUCAGUUGGAGCUCACACCUUCUCACACAUCAGAGAAUCCACACUGGAGAGAUGCCCUACACGUGCUCUGAGUGUGGGAAAAGCUUCAAUCAGAGCUCUAACCUGAGCAUACAUAGGAGAAUCCACACGGGUGAGAAACCUUAUGGAUGCUCUGAGUGCGGGAAAAGCUUCAGCAACCGCUCACACCUUAUCACACAUCAGAGAAUCCACACAGGAGAGAGACCCUACACAUGCUCUGAGUGUGGGAAAAGCUUUCGUCACCAUUCAAACCAUAUCAGACAUUGUAAAAUCCACACUGGAGAGACGCCCUACAAAUGCCAUGAGUGUGGGAAAAGCUUCAAUCGGAGCGCAGACCUUGUCAAACAUUGGAGAACCCACACUGGAGAGAAACCCUACAUGUGCUCUGAGUACGGAAAAAGCUUCAUUGAUAGUUCAACCCUCAUCUCACAUCAGCGAAUCCACACAGGAGAAGCGCCCCACACAUGCUCUGAGUGCAGGAAAAGCUUCAGUCGGAGCUCUACCCUUAUCAUGCAUCAGAGAAUCCACACAGGAGAGACGCCCUAUACAUGCUCUGAGGGUGGGAAAAGCUUUAGUCGGUGCUCACACCUUAUCAGACAUUGUAGAAUCCACACAGGAGAGACACCCUACACAUGCUCUGAGUGCGGGAAAUGCUUCACUCACAGCUCAAACCUUGUCACACAUCGGAGAAUACACACGGGUGAGAAACCUUAUGAAUGCUCUGAGUGUGGGAAAUGCUUCAUUCAUAGUUCAGCCCUCAUCUCACAUCAGCAAAUCCACACAAGGGAGAAGCCGUACACAUGCUCUGAGUGUGGGAAAAACUUCAAUCGCAGCUCACACCUUAUCCGACAUAACAGAAUCCAUAUAGGGGAGAUGCCCUACACAUGCUCUGAGUGUGGGAAAAGCUUCAAUAAGAGCUCAAACCUUAUUACGCAUCAGAGAAUCCACACUGGGGAGAUGCCCUACACAUGCUCUGAGUGCGGGAAAAGCUUCAGUCGGAGCUCUACCCUUAUCAUGCAUCAGAGAAUCCACACAGGAGAGACGCCCUACACAUGCUCUGAGGGUGGGAAAAGCUUUAGUCGGUGCUCACACCUUAUCAGACAUUGUAGAAUCCACACAGGAGAGACACCCUACACAUGCUCUGAGUGCGGGAAAUGCUUUACUCACAUCUUAAACCUUGUCACACAUCGGAGAAUACACACGGGUGAGAAACCUUAUGAAUGCUCUGAGUGUGGGAAAUGCUUCAUUCAUAGUUCAGCCCUCAUCUCACAUCAGCGAAUCCACACAGGGGAGAAGCCGUUCACAUGCUCUGAGUGUGGGAAAAGCUUCAAUCGGAGCUCACACCUUAUCCGACAUAACAGAAUCCAUAUAGGGGAGAUGCCCUACACAUGCUCUGAGUGUGGGAAAAGUUUCAGUCAGAGCUCAAGGCUUAUUACACAUCAGAGAAUCCACACGGGUGAGAAACCUUACAGAUGCUCUGAGUGUGGGAAACACUUCAGUCGGAGCUCAAACCUUAUCAGACAUAGGAGAAUCCACACAGGUGAGAAACCUUAUGGAUGCCAUGAGUGCGGGAAAAGCUUUAGUCUGCACUCACACGUUAUCAGACAUAGGAGAAUUCACACAGGAGAGAAACCCUACACGUGCUUUGAGUGCGGGAAAUGCUUCAAUCAGAGCUCAAGCCUUAUCAGACAUCGGAGAAUGCACACAGGUGAGAAAACUUAUGGAUGCUCUGAGUUUGGGAAAAGCUUCAAUCAGAGCUCAAGCCUUAUUAUACAUCAGAAAAUCCACACAGGAGAAAAGCCCUACACAUGCUCUGAGUGUGGGAAAUGCUUCAUUGAUAGUUCAAAGCUCAUCGUACAUCAGAGAAUUCAUACAGAAGAGAUGCCCUAUACGUGCUCUGAAUGUGGGAAAAGCUUUAGUCGGCACUCAGUCCUUAUCUCACAUUGUAGAAUCCACACAGGAGAGAACUGCACAUGCUCUGAGUGUGGGAAACGCUUCAGUUAUAGCUCAGCCUUCAUCUCACAUCAGCAUAUCCACGCAGGAGAGACGCCCUACACAUGCUCUGAGUGUGGGAAAAGCUUCGGUUAUAGCUCACAUCUUACCACACAUCAGAGAAUCCACAUGGAUGAGAAACCUUAUGGAUGCUCUGAGUGUGGGAAAAAUUUCAAUCAGAGCUCAAGCCUUAUUAAACAUCAGACAAUCCACACAGGGGAGAUGCCCUACACAUGUUCUGAGUGUGGGAAAAGGUUCAAUAGGAGCUCAAACCUUAUCAGACAUCAGAAAAUUCACAUAGGAGAGAUGCCCUACACAUGCUCUGAGUGCAGGAAAAGCUUCAGUGGGAACUCAGACCUUAUCACACAUCAGAGAAUCCACACAGGAGAGACGCCCUACACAUGCUCUGAGUGUGGUAAAAGCUUCAAUCAGCGCUCAAACCUUAUGACACAUCGUAGAAUCCACACAGGUGAGACGCCCUACAUAUGCUCUGAGUGCGGGAAAAGCUUCAAUGACUGCUCACACCUUAUCAGACAUUGUAGAAUCCAUACAGGUGAGACGCCCUACAUGUGCUCUCAGUGUGGGAAAAGGUUCAAUAGGAGCUCAAACCUUAUCAGACAUCAGAUAAUCCACACAGGGGAGAAGCCCUACACAUGCUCUGAGUGUGGGAAAAGCUUCAAUCGGCGCUCACACCUUAUCACACAUCGUAGAAUCCACACAGGAGAGACGCGCUACAUAUGCUGUGAGUGUGGGAAAAGCUUCAGUCACAUCUCUGCCCUGAUCACACAUCAGAGAAUCCACACAGGUGAGAUGCCCUACACAUGUUCUGAGUGCGGGAAAAGCUUCAGUUGGAGCUCAUACCUGAUCAGACAUCAGAGAAUCCACACAGGGGAGAAGCCCUACGCAUGCUCUGAGUGUGGGAAAAGCUUCAGUCAGAGCUCUACCCUUAACACACAUCAGAGAAUCCACACAGGAGCGACGCGCUACACAUGCUCUGAGUGCGGGAAAAGCUUCAGUCGGAGCUCAGACCUUAUCAGACAUCAGAGAAUGCACACAGGAGAGACACGCUACACAUGCCAUGAGUGUGGGAAAAGCUUCAGUUGGAGCUCACACCUUCUCACACAUCAGAGAAUCCACACAGGAGAGACGCCCUACACAUGCUCUGAGUGCAGGAAAAGCUUUCGUCGGCAUUCAAACCUUAUCGCGCAUCAGAGAAUCCACACAGGAGAGAAGCCCUUCACAUGCUCUGAGUGCGGGAAAAGCUUUAGUCAGCGUUCAAACCUUAACACACAUCACAGAAUCCACACAGGGGAGACGCCCUACACAUGCUCUGAGUGCGGGAAAAGCUUCAGCAACCGCUCACACCUUUUCAAACAUCAGAGAAUCCACACAGGAGAGAAGCCCUUCACAUGCUCUGAGUGCGGGAAAAGCUUCAGCGAGAGCUCAAUUCUCAGUACGCAUCAGAGAAUCCACACUGGAGAGACGCCCUACAUGUGCUCUGAGUGUGGGAAAAGCUUCAGUUGGAUCUCACACCUUCUCACACAUCAGAGAAUCCACACUGGAGAGAUGCCCUACACGUGCUCUGAGUGUGGGAAAAGCUUCAAUCAGAGCUCUAACCUGAGCAUACAUAGGAGAAUCCACACGGGUGAGAAACCUUAUGGAUGCUCUGAGUGCGGGAAAAGCUUCAGCAACCGCUCACACCUUAUCACACAUCAGAGAAUCCACACAGGAGAGAGACCCUACACAUGCUCUGAGUGUGGGAAAAGCUUUCGUCACCAUUCAAACCAUAUCAGACAUUGUAAAAUCCACACUGGAGAGACGCCCUACAUGUGCUCUGAGUGUGGGAAAAGCUUCAAUCGGAGCUCACACCUUAUUAAACAUCAGAAAAUCCACAUGAGAGAGAACUGUAACAAACUCUACACAUGCCAUGAGUGCGGGAAAAGCUUCAGUUGGAGCUCACACUUUCUCACACAUUGGAGAACCCACACUGGAGAGAAGCCCUACACAUGCUCUGAGUGCGGGAAAAGCUUUAGUCAGCGUUCAAACCUUAUCACACAUCAGAGAAUCCACACAGGAGCGACGCCCUACACAUGCGCUGAGUGCGGGAAAAGCUUUAAUCGGAGCUCAAACCUUAUCAUACAUGAGAGAAUCCACACAGGAGAGACGCCCUACACGUGCUCUGAGUGCGGGAAAAGCUUCAUUGAUAGUUCAAGCCUCAACUCACAUCAGCGAAUCCACACAGGAGAGACACCCUACACAUGCUCUGAGUGCGGGAAAAGCUUCAGUCAGAGCUCUGCCCUUAGGAGACAUAGGAGAAUCCACACGGGUGAGAAACCUUAUGGAUGCUCUGAGUGCAGGAAAAGCUUUAGUCAGCGUUCAGACCUUAUCACACAUCAGAGAAUCCACACAGGCGAGAAGCCCUACAUGUGCUCUGAGUGCGGGAAAAGCUUCAAUGAUCGCUCAAACCUUAUCACACAUGAGAGAAUCCACACAGGAGAAACGCCCUACAUGUGCUCUGAGUGCAGGAAAAGCUUUAGUCAGCACUCACAACUUAUCUCACAUUAUAGAAUCCACACAGGAGAGAUGCCCUACACGUGCUCUGAGUGUGGGAAAAGUUUCAGGGAGCGCUCACACCUUAUCAGACAUCAGAGAAUCCACACAGGAGAGACACCCUACACGUGCUCUAAGUGCGGGAAAAGCUUCAAUGAUCGCUCAAACCUUAUCACACAUGAGAGAAUCCACACAGGAGAGAAGCCCUACACAUGCUCUUAGUGUGGGAAAAGCUUUCGUCACCAUUCACAACUUAUCUCACAUUGUAGAGUCCACAUAGGAGAGAUGCCCUACACAUGCUCUUAGUGUGGGAAAAGCUUCAAUCGGAGCUCUGACCUGAAUAUACAUCAGAGAAUCUACACAGGUGAGACACCUUAUGGAUGCUCUGAGUGUGGGAAAAGCUCACACCUUAUUAGACAUCAGAAAAUCCACAUAAGAGAACUGUAA